AGUCUCGCAGUCGUUGACCGCAUUUCCGGUUGCCGUUAGCUCGAAGUGCUUGUCAAAUUGGGUGGUUCAUUCUUUAAAGAGGUGUUCUGCCUGUACUAUUAUGGGAAAUAAAAAUAGUAGCAAGCUAAAGCCAGAAGACUUGGAAGAUUUAAGACGGCAUACGGAAUUUUCAGAUGAAGAAAUAAAGGAAUGGUAUAAGGGCUUUUUAAAGGAUUGUCCCAGUGGAACAUUAACUGUUAGCGAGUUUAAAAAAAUCUAUGGGAACUUUUUUCCAUAUGGGGAUGCAUCAAAAUUUGCUGAACAUGUCUUUCGAACGUUUGAUACUAACGGAGACGGUACAAUAGACUUCCGUGAAUUUAUAUGCGCUCUGAGUAUCACUUCUAGAGGAAAGCUGGAUGAAAAAUUACGAUGGGCUUUUAACAUGUAUGAUCUGGACGGUAAUGGAUAUAUUUCUCGGCAGGAAAUGCUUGAAAUCGUAACGGCUAUAUACAAAAUGGUCGGAUCGGUAAUGAAAAUGCCCGAAGAUGAGAGUACUCCAGAAAAGAGAACGGAUAAAAUAUUCCGUCAAAUGGAUAAGAAUGAAGACGGAAAACUCUCCCUCGAAGAAUUCAUUGAAGGCGCUAAAAGUGACCCAUCAAUUGUUCGACUGCUACAAUGCGAUCCUGGUUCGGUAGGCGGAACUGCUGCUUAAAGACGCCUUCGAACUGGCGUAUUCAGUAUUCGAAUAAUUUAAAGAAUUUUUUACUUGAACUUUUUUAUUUCUUCUCCUUUCGCCGUAGACGAAAUCAAGAUAAACUGUAAGGAUGUGCUAAUGAUUGUGUAGUUUGAGCAACAGAUCCAUGGUCAUAAACACGUAGUUGCCAAUGAUAAUUAGCAACCUACCUUCUAUUGCAGUUCUCAGCCGCCGAAGUACAUUCCGAUAGUUCUUGUAAAUAAUUUUCCUCUUUUAUUAUUUACCCAUUCAAAUAUAUUUACUACUUUUGUCAAUCUAUUUAAAAACAAGACCCAUAUGACAGGUUUAAAUCUUUCUUCAUGUCGUACAUUUUCAGAAUUGGCACAUCGUUAAGAGGUUCAGAUCAAAAUUUGAAUAACAAAUUGAAUUUACAAUUACUAUACUUUAAACUAAUAAAUUUUCAUCUUAUUCGGAAUCGGUAAUAGGAACGUUGGUAUUCUUUGUCUAUUUAAAAAAUAUUCUGCUGCAAAAGUUAGACCUGCAACAGAAUAUUUGAAGUGUUUUUUAAUGAAUUUUUCUAUUCAAAUCUAAUUUAUAUUAUAACUUGUGAGUCUAAAAAUAUAGCAAACCUUAAAGUGAUGAAUGACUAAUAUCUUCAGUUAAAAUAAAGAAAUUACAUAUUAAAAGUAGUUGUUAAUGUCUUUAUUACAUUGUGUCUCCCUGUCCAACUGUCUCCACUACAAAUGCAUCAGGAACAAUUAAUUGUGUAAGGGUACAGCAAAUUUGCGAAAUUGGAGAUUGUAAGGUAUUUUUAAACGAAAAGUUUGAUUAAGGAAAUUCAAAUAUUUGCACCGGUUAGUUUUCAAUUCGUAAAGCAUAACUCUCGGAGAAAGACAUCAGUAACUUACGAUAAAGUGUAAUACAAAUAAUUAAAAGAAGCAGCAAACAGCGUGACUGAUUCUGAUUGGCUCCUUAAAAAUGAUUUCUUUUACGAGUUUGCGCGAAAGAGAACUAAAAUUCUUUUACAUGUAUACUAUAUGAUGCAAAAAGGUAUCAGAAUUUACAGCCAAUCGCAAUCAAGCAAUUUCCGCCUUCAAUUCAAAAGCAAUUUAGUGCUCUUAAAGUACAGUGUUUGUUAAGUAUGAAACUGGACGUAUUACAAAAACAAAAGUCUUUUACAAUAGACGCCAUAAUCGGAAAAGAUAAUGAAACUGUUGAAAAAAGAAACGAGCCUGUUUCGUCUGCCUCAGCUCAAACAGCCUCCCCAGUGUUUCCAUCAUACUAUUCAGCGAAUCUUAGAAGAAGUCUGGCUGUUAAUAGUAUAGAAAUAAUGAGAACAUUAUCAAGCGACCGAAAUCUUUUUUCUGGCUCAUGGCUCAUACCUCCAACAACUUACCCACUCUCGCAGUUUGCUCUUGGUAAUAUUCAACAAAAAUUAGCAGUGCAAGAUUUGAAUUUUUUGCAACCUUACCGAAAACCGAAAAGAAUACGAACAGCAUUUAGUCCGUCUCAACUACUGCAAUUGGAACAUGCCUUCGAAAAAAACCACUAUGUCGUGGGACAAGAAAGAAAGCAGCUGGCGUCCAAUCUAUGUUUAACCGAAACUCAGGUACAAUUAUAAAAAAGAAAUGUAUGAUAUUUUCGGCUAACUAGGUAAUAGGUUAAAAGUAAUGGAACGAUUUACUUUAGGUUAAAGUUUGGUUUCAAAAUCGGCGAACGAAAUACAAACGCACGAAAGAAGACAUACUUUGUGAUGCUAAAACUGUGGACAACGAUAUGUGCGAGUCAGAUUAGCGUUACUUUUUAUUUUGUUUUUGCAAUGUAUAUAUUAAUACAUAAAAGAGAAAUUUUAAAAAUAAACCAAAAAGUAAUUAGGAUUGAU